UAUAAACCGACUUCAAAAUCCAAAGAGGGCUUCCACUGUUCUCUCUCUCCAUUUCACCUCCCAUUCCCCUCGCAAAAGCAACCCGAGCCCCUCUCGCUUUGGCGCUCGAGCUCCUCGGCGACAGCGUGGAGCGCAGGACGACGCGUUCGGCCCGCACGCCUACGCUAUGGCAGCAAAUACUGCUGCCAAUAAUAAUGCAUCUUUGACUGUGGACUCCAACUCAAGGCCAAAUGCCAGGAGAAGAACAGUGGUAGUUGUGGAGAAGAAAUCAAGUGCUGAUAUGCUUACUGAAGGAGGAGUUAAUGGGGUUAGCAAGGAUAAGAUGAUUGUUAAUGGGAAGGAUCUAAGCCAUACAAUCAGGGGAGAAUCUCUGCUUGACAGAUCAAAAGACUUGUCGCAGUUGAAGAAAGAAUUGAUUGCUUCCUCCACCAUUUCACCACGGCGUAAGAAAGCUAUUCUGAAGCCACAGAAGCUGAAGUGGCAAACUGUUCUUAGCAUUCUCACCAAGAAUUUCAUGCUUCUAGCAGUUCUUUUAUGGCUGGGGCAGACAGUUUGGAGAUGGACUGAUAGUAUUCGAGACAAUACUAACUCACCAUUUUCUGCUUUGGAUUAUGAUGGUCGGAUCUCUGAAGUUCAGGCAUCUUUAAAGAAAACAGCAAAGAUGUUGCAGGUUCAGGUAGAAGCUGUAGAUCAAAAAAUCAGAAAUGAGAUUGGGAUUGUGACUAGUGAACUUAGAAAGCAAAUUGAAGAACAAGGGGCACUGUUGGAGGAGGAAUUGAAGAAGUUGGAAGUUAGGAGUGAUAGUUUAGACAAGUCUCUGACUGAAUUUAAGGACACGGGUCUCCUUUCAAAGGAAGAAUUUAGAAGAUUUUGGAAUGAGCUGAAGAGCACUAAAAGGCUAGAUGGUAGUGAUCAUGAUGUUAAUUUGGACCAAGUUAGGGCUUUUGCUAGAGAUCUUGUUAAGAAAGAGAUUGAAAAGCAUGCAGCUGAUGGUCUUGGAAGAGUUGAUUAUGCUUUAGCUUCUGGUGGGGCCAGGGUGGUCAAGCAUUCAGAGCCUUAUGGUUUUAGGAAAGUGAACAGUUGGUUUUCUGUUCGAAAUGGAGUCCCUGCUAAUGCUCAUAAAAUGUUGGAGCCGAGUUUUGGGGAGCCUGGCCAAUGUUUUCCCUUGCAAGGAAGCAGUGGGUUUGUUGAGAUUAGGCUUAGAACAGGGAUCAUACCUGAGGCUGUCACGCUGGAGCAUGUCUCUAAGAGCGUGGCUUAUGACAGGUCCAGUGCCCCCAAGGAUUGUCGGGUCUCUGCAUGGUUUGAAUCACCUGAUGGUGACCCAUCCAGCCAUGCCAAGAUGUAUCUCUUGAGUGAGUUCUCUUAUGACCUUGACAAGAGCAAUGCACAGACCUUUAAUGUAGAGGCAGCCGACUUGGGUGUGGUCAACAUGGUGCGGCUGGACUUCACCUCCAACCAUGGGAAUUCAGCUUUAACGUGCAUUUAUCGCUUCAGGAUGCAUGGCUACGAGCCGAACUCCUCAGCAGCUAUGGCUUUGCAGGCCUGAUAGAGAGUUGCAGUGUUCUUAUAUGUUGUGCACUGAACCUCAGCUUCUAUACCCUCAUCAGUUCCUGGCUGUAUUGCUCAUCCUAACAUCCCCUUCCUCUCCUGCUUCUUCAAUGGGGACUGUAAAUCUUUUAAUUAUUUGUUGCUCCAAUCAUUUCUAUUACACUUAAUAGGAAGGUAUUGAAUGGUGCCAUUUAUGCCCAGCACCAACACCUAAACAAUCUUCAGUUCCUUGAUACCUUUUGCAAUCAUUUGAUCCCUGAGUCCAGGUAUUUCUGGACCUUUAAAGAA